ACACAAAUGCUUUAGACACUUAAUGAAAUGCCCCUUUCCUUGUGUAGCGGUAUGGUCAUAUAGCUGGCCAUCUAACUAGCACCUACAAGCCACUAGCAAUACAAACUAAAAAGAUCAAUGUGACUAACAAUUCGAAUACUGCAGGUACUGUUGUUAUUUUUGAUUAAAACUAAUAUACUUAUUGUUUUAACGUUUAUCCCUUCCAGAUGAUCAAGAAAAAUGAACAGAGGACAUCCACUGUUUUCAUUAGAGGAGUUCCAGCCACUACCAAGGACUCAAUGCUCAAUGAAACAUUCAAGGAAUUUGGUCACAUAAGACAGGCUUUUGUUACAAAACCAAAACUAAAUACAGCUGGGACUUCCAUUGGUUAUGUGAAAUUUACAACUAUUGAGGAAGCCUCUUUGGCCAUUAACUCCGUUAAAAUGAUUGACAAUCAGAAAGUCAUUCUAUCAUUUGCUCGUAAAAAGCCUCGGAAAUUUCGAGAGCCAGUCAAGUUGAAUAAAUCUAAGGGAAGUGGAUCAGGUUUGAGUGACACAGAUGAAGAUGCUCCAGUUACUGAACCAGAUGCAGAAGAACUUGAUAAAGAUAAGGAUUUUCUCUCUCUCAACACUGAAGAAAAACCUGUUGCUGAAAAAACUACUGUCCAGCCUAAAGCUGUUGGAUUAUCGAAAAAAGGUUCCUUUGUAAAAAAUCCAAAAACAGUAUAUAUCCACAACCUCGUUGAUGGUUUGUCCCAAAAUCAGCUGAGAAAGAAGUGCCGUAAAGUUGGUGAGGUCGAAAAGAUUGUUUUGGACGGCACAAGUGCGUGUGUCACAUAUAAAGAUGAAGCAACAGCUAAGCUUGCCUUGACAAAACUGAACAACCAUGUAUACAAACAGAAGGUCAUCACUGUUGUUUCCUCAAUGUUGUCUGCUAAAGCAAUAAAGAAAAAAACGACUGUAUCAAGGAUUGUCAUACGGAAUCUCAGCUUCAAAGUUACAGAGGAAAUGCUACAUUCUGAGUUAAUUUCUUUUGGGAAAAUGUUAGAUUUAGAAGUUCCAAAAAAUGGAGAAGGAAAGAUACGAGGCUUUGCAUUUGUAAGUUAUAUCAAUAAAUCUGAAGCAAACAAAGCAUUGCAAAAACUUAAUGGAAAAGAGAUAUUAGGACGAAAAAUAGCUGUUGACUGGGCAGUUUCAAAAGAUAAAUAUGUUAAGAAAGAAGCUGAUAAGCCUGCGGAUGAUGCAGAUGAAUCAGAUCAGGAGGAAGAAGCCAAAGAUGAUGAUGAGGAGUUAGAUGAGGCAGCAGCUGAAAGUGAUGAGGAUGAUAACAAGGAAGACGAUUCAGAGGAAGACAGUGACAAGGAAUCAGGAGAUGAGGCAGAAGAAGAAUUUAAGCCUAAGAGAGAGUAUGAUGAUGUCAAAGAGGGUAGGACUGUUUUUUUGGGAAAUCUGCCUUUUGAUGCUGAAAAGGAAGACAUUGAGGAGGCUUUUUCCGUGUUUGGUACAAUCAAAUAUGUAAGAAUGGUGUAUGAUAAAGAGAAAGACCGUCCUAAAGGAAUUGCUUUUGUGCAGUUUGAUGAAAAAGAUGAUGCUGAUAGUUGCUUGGCAAGAGCUGACGUUCAGCCAAUAUCUGUUGGUGGUAGAGAUAUUGCUGUAAAGAAAGCUAUCGAUAGCAGACAAAUAAGUGUUCCUGACAGCAAAUCUUCUGGUAAAACUGGGAAAGAUAACAGAAAUCUUCAUCUUGCCAUGGAGGGUGCUAUUAAAGAAGGGACCAAUGCUGCAGACGGAGUAUCUAAAACAGACAUGAUGAAACGCAAGUUGGCCCUUGAGGCAAAGAAGAAGAAGUUGAAGAACAUAAACUUUUUUGUAUCUACAGACAGACUUUGUAUUAGAAAUAUGCCCUCUACUUUUAGUGAAACUAAUCUAAAAGAGUUAAUGUCCAAAUAUGGGAGAGUGGCUCAAGUUAAAAUCAUGAGGGAUGUUAAGCAAGCAAACAGUGCUGGAAUUGGAAAAUCUAGAGGCUAUGGUUUUGUUCAAUUUGCUAAACCUGAAGUUGCAUUAGCUGCAUUGAGAGCUACAAAUAACAACCCUAACAUCUUUUCUGCAGCAAAACGUCCUAUCGUUGAUUUUUCCAUUGAAAACAGUGGGAUUUUAACGGCUAGGGCCAAGAAAGGACCACUUAACGCUAAUGAUAAAUCUCGCCCGAUUAAGAAGAGUUUUAAUUCGCGCUGGCAGGAAAAGAGAAUACAAAGAAAAGAAUCGGGUGUUCCUAAACCCCCGAAAGCAAAUCCUGAAAAAUCUGUUUCUUCAACCAAGGAAAAUGAACCUAAUCAAAAGAAGGUUAACAAAAAGAAGAAACAGAAAAGUAAGCAGGAUUCAAAUGUGGGUGACCAAUCUAAGGUGCCUGAUCAGAAAAAUGCAUCCCAAAAGUUACCCGAACCCUCAGUUGUCAUUGAAUCCACUUCUGAAUCUCAAAAAGGUCCUAAACGUGGAAAGAAAGGUAAGAGUGAGCGACCCAACAAGAAACAGAAACGGGUUAAGGAGCAAGGUGAGGAAGCCGCUUUCCAGAAACUUGUUCAGGAUUACAAAGGAAAACUGGAGCCAGAGUUCGACCAGACUAGAAACUUUAAAAAGUGGUAUGAUGAUUGAGUACCUAGUGUCUUUUUAAAUGGGGGUACUUUGUUUUAAUUUUUUAUGACCAUCAGUUUUUAAAGUUUUAACAUGCAGUAGUGUGCUUUCGUGCCUCAUGCACAAUAUAUGUGCCGUCUGCCUUAUUUAUUGAAUCGGAUAAUUUAUUAAACGGGAUGUUUUGCCAAAAGUUCAAUUGCCAACAGAAUUUGUUAACAAACCAGUGUUGAUUUGUAUAAGUGAUUUUAGAACUUUUUCAUUUAUUG